AAAUUAAGAUGAAGUUUAUGCGACUUGGGACAAGGCCAGACAACUUUUAUACAGAAGAAGCCAUCAGGACGAUACUUUCAGACUUACCAAGUGACCUAACCAUAUGUGUCAACAACAUCACCUAUCUUCUCCAUAGGUUUCCGCUUGUUCCAAAGUGCGGCCUCUUACAGAGACUUUGCUCUGAUAGGGGGGAUUGCAGCAGAUUUGCGCUAGAGCUUCAUGAUAUCCCUGGCGGUGAAGGUGCUUUUGAGCUGUGUGCUAAGUUUUGCUAUGGGAUCACAAUUGAUCUCAGUGCCCAUAACUUUGUACCAGCAAUAUGUGCUGCUAAGUUCCUGCAAAUGACCGACUCUGUUGAGAAGGGAAACUUUGUCUCAAAGCUAGAGGCUUUCUUUAAUUCAUGCAUCCUUGAGGGGUGGAAGGAUUCAAUUGUCACACUGCAGACAACUGUAAUGCUUCCCGAAUGGUCUGAAAACCUUGGGAUUAUCAGAAGAUGCAUUGAUUCUAUUGUCGAGAAAGUGCUCACACCCCCCACCAAGGUUAGAUGGUCCUACACUUACACCAGAGAAGGAUAUGCACAAAAGAAGCACCACCAGUCUGCCCCUAAGGAUUGGUGGACAGAGGAUAUAGCAAACCUUGAUAUAGAUCUAUUCAGAUGCAUAAUUAAUACUGUGAAGUUAACUAACAUGUUGCCUCCACAACUUAUUGGUGAAGCUUUGCAUGUUUACUCAUGUAUUUGGCUACCAGAUUUGACAAGCGGAAGGCCCAACCCUGAAACCUCUACAGCUUCUCAAAUGAGCAAACAAGAAUCUGUAAACAAAAAAGGACAACUGGAGACCAUCAUUAGCAUGAUCCCAGAAGAUAAAGGAUCUGUUUCAGUUGGAUUCCUGUUGAGACUCCUUAGCUUAGCCAAUCUUUUAGGGGCAUCCCCAGUGAUCAAGACACAACUUAUUAAGCGAUGUAGCUUGCAAUUGGAGGAUGCGACACCAAAUGAUUUGUUGUUACUUUCAUCCGACUCUUGUGAUGAUAAAGAUCACAUCCAUGAUAUUGCCUUGGUUAAGGCUGUUGUGGAGAGUUUUAUCAUGCGAUGGAGAAGACAACCAAAUUCUAGUGAAGACUUGAUUAGAAAGGUGGGGGAACUCACCGACUCUUACCUUAAAAUGGUUGCAAGGGAUGCAAAUAUGCCAGUACAGAAACUAGUGUCUCUUGCAAAAACUUUACCUGAAUUUGCUCGUCCUCAACAUGACAAUCUUUACAAAGCAAUCAACAUCUAUCUAAAGGAACAUCCUGGAACGAGCAAGGAAGAGAAGAAGCAAUUGUGCAGUAUUAUAGACUGUCAAAAAUUGUCCCCAGGGGUUUGUGCUCAUGCUGUGAAAAAUGAAAAGCUUCCAUUGAGAAUGGUUGUGCAAGUCCUCUUCUUUGAUCAAGAGAGAAGUGGCAGCAAGACAACCGUUGGCCAUGACUUUGAACAAUUGAAAACUCGCAACAUACAAUCAGAAACUCAAUCAAGUAAAGCAAAAGAUGAGCUGAAAAAUAAAUUAGUAUUGGGUUCAGGUGAAGAGUCGAGUGGUGGUAGAAGUAAGACUCCUGACACCACAAGGCAAACGCUGGAACAAGAAUCAAAGCAUAAGUCAAGGAGGAAGAAGGUUGUGGAAAUGGGGUUCAAGAAAGAAAGGGAAACCAUGGAUCCUAGGAAGACAGGGAUACAAAGAAGUAGAUCACAUGAUGGUCAUAAUAAUAAUAAAGGGAGAGAGAGGUAGAAACCUCCAUGUACGAUUAAUUGUUACCAGAGAGUUGGUUGUUUGCGUAAUAUGAGAAGGCCUGCAAGAGUACACCAUAUAUGCAAGAUUCUAUUCGCUUAAAAAUGAAUGUAUACUACUAGCAUGCUAUGCUAUGCUUCCAAAAACAUAUUCAGUUGAAGUAAUUAAUAUGAUGGGGUGGGUUUCAAUUCAA